AUUCUUUGAGAGGAGGAGUGGACAUGCUUUGGUGGAAACAUCAGACCCUGAAUUCCUGCACAGUGCUCGGGCUAUAUUCUGUUGUGCAUGCAGCCCACAUGUGUGGAGUUGAACUUCCUCGUCCUGCAGAAGAAGAAGAAGAAGGAGGAUAGAGGGCGUGACGUCGCUGCCCGCAGAGAGGCCCGCACGGUGCAGGAGACCGGGGCAGAGAGGCAGGAAACACCGCAGAGUACACACCGAGCACCGAACAACCGGCAACUUUGCAGAGGAGACACACAGCCAUAAUGCGGCACCGCCCGCCGACCCGCCAGCUGAUGUGACCGUGCAGACGCAGGGAGGAAGCGGCGGACACCACCACCUCUCCCCGGUUGCCUCGCAUUGUCGCGGUUGUCUGGAGAGAGGAGGAGGGAGGGGGGGACAUGUCCUCGCUAACCGUGGAGGAGGACCAGAAAUGGUUACCGACACAGGUCCAGGUGACGGUGCUGAGAGGCAGGGGCUUACGGGGCAAGGGCAAGCAUGGCACCAGCGAUGUGUACACCAUCAUCCAGCUGGGGAAGGAGAAAUACUCGACCGGCGUGGUGGAGAAGACCACGGAGCCCGAGUGGAGGGAGGAGUGCUCGUUUGAGCUGCAGCCCGGCGUGCUGCAGGGCGGCGGGCGGAACGGAGGCUGUCCGGCCGGUGCAACCGAGCUGGUGCUCAUCGUGAUGCACCGGGCACAUAUGGGGAUGGACGUGUUCCUGGGACAGGUUGUGAUCCAGCUGGAUAAGCUCUUCCAUGAGAGUAGAUGCGUGAAAAACGAGUGGUACAAGUUAAACUCCAAGUCGGGGAAGAAGGAGAAGGAGCGAGGAGAAAUCCAAGCCACCGUGCAGUUCACCAGAAACAACCUGACGGCCAGCAUGUACGACCUGGUCAUGACGGACAAGACCGCCUCCACCUUCGGAAAGCUGAAGGAGCGCAUCAAGGGGAAGAAGAGAUCCAGUGAGGAGGACUCUUCCUCAGCCGUGCUGCCGAGUGGAUACGGCUCCCUGCACCGGAUGAGACAGCGACUCCCGAGCGACGGAGGCGGGGAGGAAGACUACGAGGACGACGAGGGAGGGGAGGCCCGGCGCAGCAAGAUGAGGACUUUCUUCCUGAGGGGGAAGCUGAGGAAGUCCUCGGACACUCGCUCCAGCACGUCGCUGGGCUCAGAGAGCAGCGAGUCGUCCCGCGGGGGCAGUCUGAGCCCCACCGCCGGCAUCAGCAUGGUGGUGUCCGACCUCUCCAACUCCCCUAGCAACAGCAGCAACCUGUCCCCUGACAACAGCCCAGAGCACACGGCAAACUCUCUCCAGUGUGAGUUUGGAGACGAUGCCGGGGAGAUCUCCAUCAUCGUGCCUCCUCUUCCGACCGCGUGGGUCAACGGAGGCGACGCUUACAGUGACCUGCCCCUGGACAAAGGCUCAGUAAACCCUGUGGAUUGUCUAGGCCUGCCGCCGCUGCAGAAGUCUUUGCCUCUCUCCGUGUCUUUGCAGAACCUCAGGCCUGCCUCGGCCGCCCCAAAGAGCCCCAUGGGAGACGGGCGGCGCUGGUCCUUUGACAAGCCCGACGAGGAGGAGAAGGCAGCCAUAGCGGCGGCGUUGGAGAAAAGCGGCCCCAUGCUGGGUGACGAGGAGGAGGAGGAGGAAGAGGAGGGAUUGGGAUAUGCUGCUCAAAUCAAAUCCUCCUCCACGGUGGAGUCCGGGAAAAAGCAGAGGAGGAACUUUUUCUCCCACGGGAGAGGGGAGUCUGCGGGGAAAGGGCAGAGUCGGGGCAAGGAUGAGUCUGAACAGGCCCCCGCCGCCGAGGAGAAACACAAGGGAUGGUUUGGAUCAAAGGACUCGAACAGCAAACCCAGCCUGGUGGUGUCCCCUAAACUAGAGCCCAGCACUGACUCCCACCCCCCUCUACUCCCACCCAGUCACCCCCCGGGUCCCCCUGUCGAUCCUCUGGUUUCCCUGCAUCACACUAACCCCUUCUCACAGAGCACCUCACCUCCCAUGUCCCCCUGCAACCCUUUCUUAUCUUUCAUCCAGCAAAACCCUUUCUAUGACACCAUGCUUAACGCUGAGCCCUUAAAACCUUCGCUGCCUACUCUGCCUUAUCUCUCCAGCGCCCGGCCUCCCAUAGCUCAGCUCUUUCCGCAGGCGAGUAACCCUUACCCCACCCUCAACGACGAAAACCCAACCGCAGAGGACUCCAGCGUUGGUACAAAGAGCGACGCUAAGAAACGACCUCUUCCUCCACCUCCCACAUACGAAGAUAAACCUUUAAACGUGAAGUCGUCCGACCAUUUUAUGUCUGCCGGGGCGCUGGAACCUGAAUGGGACGAAUCCUUUGAAGCGUUUGCUGCUGGCAGGCUGCAGUCUCCCGAGGAUCUGACCACAGACUGCAAAACACAGCAAAACACUCUUAGUGAGCAUUCACCGGAACACUGCAAUGAAAAAGCAGCAUUACAACCCAUAACGGAUCAAAACACUAACGUGAAUGAUGCACUACAUACUCAACCUUGCACAGAAUUUGUAUUUGAUACACAGAAAUCCAAUGCAUAUCAUCUUGACACAUUUGCACAUUCCCUCGAGACAAUCCCAGAGCACACCAGCUUUGAGAAUGACAAUGACACUUUGAAUACUUCCACUAACUCGCCAAUACCAGAUGCGUUCACUGACCCUCAUCAAACUAACGCUGCUACUAACACAAAUGAUGUUACUGACACUAACGUGCAUCCCAGCCCCGGGCAUGCCUCGUCUGUGAAGCUCAGCAGCAGCUCCCCAGAUCCGACUUCUUCAGGCCUGGGCAGUUCUGCAGAAGAGGAUUUCCUCUCGUGUGUCUCUUCUUAUUCAGACAAAUUCUCCGCGUCAUCCUCAGAGGAAGCCGAGACACAGAACUUUGAAAGCAGCAUCCUCGGCUUUGAGAAAUCCUCCGAUUCAUCUGUUGUAAGGAAGCCCUCUGAAUCAGAAGAUGACGUUACUGACAGGUCCAUUGAUCUGGAUUUAGGCAAUGUGUCUCAACAUGUUAUGAAGCAUGGGGAUGGUGAUGAAAAGACAGAUUUAGAAGGCAUAUUAGCAGCACCAAUGUCAACAGUGCUUACAAAUCAGCAGUCGGCAACAGAGAUAAGAAGUGAGUCACCAAUCUUUUCAUACUUUGCAUCAGAACUACAGCCAAAAUCCUACAUUUCGUUACAGCCCGACAAUGAAAAGGGAAAGAAAGGCAUCAACAAGGAGGAAGCCGAGAAACGGAACUUUGAAAGCAGUACCUUCGGCUCUUUUAAAGAAGAAGAAUCUGUUGCAAAGAAUCCCUCAGAAUCAGAAGUUGACACUACUGACCAGUCCAUCUGUCUUUCUUUAGAUGAUGAAGCCCAGCACAAUGUUAUUCAGCACAGCGAUGGUGGUGAAAAUGCAGAUUUAGACGGCUCAUUGGUACCAACGUCCCCAAAGGUGACACAUCAGCAGCCUGUGGGAGAGACAGGAAGUAAGGGUGCAGAUACACAGUCACCAAACCUUUCGUACUUUUCACCAGAACUGCAGCCAUUAUCCAAAAUAUAUUUACAGCCUAACAAUGAAAAUGGAAAGGAAGGCAUCAACAAGAAGGAGGAAGCCGAGAAACUGAACUUUGAAAGAAGCAUCGUCGGUUUUUGUGAAGAAGAAGAAUCUGUUGAAGGGAAGCCGUCAGAAUCAGAAGUUCACAUUACUAACAGAUCCGAUGAUCAGUCAUUAGCCCAGCACCAUGUUACUCAGCACAGAGAUGGUGGUGAAAAGGCAGAUGUACACGGUAUACAGGGCUCAUUGGGACCAAUGUCACCAGUGCUUACACAUCGGCAGCCUGCAGGAGAGACAGGAAGUGAGGAUGCAGCAGACUUGUUACCAGAACUACACACAAAACCCAACAUAUUUGUACAGUCUGUCAAGGAAAAUGGAAAGAAAGGCAACAGCUCUGCAAAGGAUUUUGUGUCAGAUGUCUCUCCUUUUUCAGGCAAAUUCCCUGCAUUCUCCUUGGAGGAAUCCGAAGAACAGAACUUUGAGAGCAGCGUCCUCCGAUUUAGUAAAGAAGAAUCUGUUGUAAAGAAGCCGCCAAAAUCAGAAGAAGACACUACUGACGGGUCCAAUGAUCUGUCUUUAGUUGAUUUAGCUAAGCACAAUGUUAUUCAGCACUGGGAAACUGAUGAAAAGGCUGAUUUAGACGGUAUAGAGGGCUCAUUGGCACCGCUGUCCCCAGUGAUAUCACAUCAGCAGCCUGCAGGAGAUACGGGGAGUGAGGAUGCUUCAAGCUUUUCAAACUUGUUAACAGAACUACACACAAAAUCCGACAUCUCUUUACAGCCUGACAAUGAAAAAGGAAAAGACAUUGGUGAAAUGAACACAUCUGUAGAGGAUUUUUCUAAAUUGUUAAAUGAUUCCUCAAUAUCUGAAAUAAACACUCCAGAUGAUAAACUGUACUCCACACAGCCAUCACUACGCAUCAUAACCUCCUCCCCCGAUGUGAGGCACGGUUCAUCUGACUCCCCCAUUGAGAGCACUGGUUUAGGAGGGCAGGAUGCAAGCCAGCGUUCAGUUGUACCAUUUGGGCUUUUUGACGACUUCCUCAACACCAGUCCCAGCCAAGACUUUGACGACACCAUGUUGCACACUCCUGCGUCUGAUCAAAGCACCAGCAGCUUCCUCCAUAGCCUUUAUGUCAGCACCAACUCGCAGGAUUACCAAACCUGUGUGUCUCAACCUUCCUCCAGCGGCUCAGAGAAAAACGAGACGCUGCACUCUGCAAACUCAACGCUGUGUGGCGAUCUGAUUGAGAUUCAGACAACCCCUGAAGCUGCUUUGGACCAAAAAGACUCCAGAAGCCAUCCAUUUCACGAGGAAUUCGACAAUAUUGGAGGCUCUUUCUUUGGAGCCAAGGACACUACACCAACUCUUAAACCAAGCUUCAUGAUAGAGGAUAACUUCGGUUUACUUUCUGCAGCAUCAACAGACCUUUACAAGAGCUAUAAUCCAUGGAAUCUCGAUGACGAAGCUGUGGAAUAUCAACAUGUCGUCUUGGGUGACAUGUUCUCGAAAUCCCCUCAGGCACAAAGUACUACACUACCCCGCUCACACUCUGAAGGCACACUGACACCUGCCUUUGAAGACCUCCUGCAGCCCUCCUAUGGGAGCGAUCCCGGUGCAAUACAGGCGUCCUCCUCGGCUCCUCCUCUGAGCCUUGACCUCCCCUCUCUGACCUCCUUUGCUCCCUCUCUAACUCCUUCAAGUAGUAGCUCCUUUUCCCUCCCUUUUCUUUACAACGCUACGGCGAGAUCACCACCCAGCACGGCAAUGCUUGAGGAGAUGCACCGGCAGCAGCAGGCAGCCAAUCAGCAGAACAGCCCCCACCCAGUGAAGCCCCUCACCACCACCACGUCAGCGGAGGAGAAGCGGACGGAGGGCCGCUCCGUGCUGGCCACCGGCCUCGAGAAGCUCAAGUCCUCCAUCAGCCCGGGGAGGAGCAGCCAGCUGAGCGAGCAGGAGACCAGCAAGAAGAAGCCUGUGUCGGAGGGGGCGGGCUCGUACUUCCACCUGAACCACAGCGAGCUGGUCGCCCUGCUGGUGCAGCGGGAGGCCGAGCUAGAGCGCCAGGAGGACGAGUUUAAACGCCAGAAACGCCUGCUGGCGAAGCGCGAGGUGGAGCUGAAGAAGUUGAAGCCGCAGGUCAAAGAUCUGGAAGACUACAUAGACACGCUGCUGGUGCGCAUCAUGGAGCAGAAGCCCACUCUCCUGCAAGUGCGCUCCAAGCUAAAGUGACCAAACGUUUGCAGUUCACUCCACAACAGCUCUUUAGUCUUUUCACUGCUAUGCUGUCCUUUUUGAUACAAAUAUGUAGGCACUGAGAGACGUCUGGAGGGCGGCCAUGUUUCCCACCCGGCAUGCUUUUCUGUGCUGAAACUCGUAGAAGGCUUUCGGUUCGGGCGGUUCUGAAUGUAGCGGGUCCUCAGGUUGUUUUCAGGUUCACAAAGCAAGGUCACAGAGGAGAGCCCAGAUGCGUCCACAUUGGAAUCCUGAUUGUAAAAACAAUGAUUCCUUCUUUUUUCACCUCACCUCACUCCUAUCACCUUACCACAAAAUGUUUGAAAGAAAUGGUAGCGUGUCAGUCCAAAACAGCGUAUAUCUACAAACCUCACACAGCUUUUCAGCCUCUCACACAACUGUGUUGCUGUGCUUUAGGACAGGAGAGCCACUCUGAUGGUUUACCAUGUUUCAGACCAUUAACUACAAACUGCAUAUUCUUGAAAUCAAAGCUGGAUAUGUCUGUAGCACACCAUCAGGUUUAGAUAGAUGUUAUACCUUCAAGGCAGCCACUGGGUUCCCUUCAUUUCAGUGUUGCAUGAAACUCAACCUGCAGGGAAAUGAAACUGAACAUCUUUUUAAUGUCGUUAAAAGGAGGGACAUAGUUCAAAUAGUGAUAGACUCCAAGAUUUAAGAUUCGGAUUGAACCCUCAAACAAAGCCAAAAAAGCAAAAAUAAUCAGCAUUUUGAAAACUGGUUUGAACAGAACUGUUUCCCCCUGUUUCCAGUUUAAUGCUAAUCUAAGCUAAUCACAUCCUUGCUCAAGUUCCACACUUGGUGAAGAGAUUUAAAAUAGGUACAAAUAAUCUCUUUUUUUCCCGCUAAAUUAAAAGCAUAUUUUGAAAUGAACUUAAACUAAUGGCUGCUAAAAAAACAAAACAUUGACAAUCUUAAAACAGACGUUGGAAGGUAGUAUAUAUAUAUAUAUUAAAGUAUGCCCAAUAUUUGGUUAAUAAGGUAAAAUCAUGCAAAACCCCCUAAUGGGACUCUGGCUGUGAUUUGCUUCCCUUUUAAAAAAUAUGUUGUUUUGGAUUGACACUCUACAAAUGUUCCCCAAUGAAUACCGAGUGCUCUGACUAGUUUUUGAAACUACAGACCCAACGUGCACAUCACUGGGAACUGACUGUAGCUUCUGAAUGUUCAAAAGUGUUCUUAGCCAGCAAGUGAAUGGUUUUAUUUCCUAUGCAGGAUAAGUGCUGUUUAUCUUUUGCUUGCUCCUUUUCCUUCUUUCUGUUCUAUGGGCAUGUCUUGAAAUUACCCACAAUGCUCAGCCACAUAAGCUAAACAGAUUCUUGUAUGGGUCACGGUGUUAUCAGGUGAAGACAGUAUCAAGAUCAGCCAUCAAAAGCUCCUCUGAUCUCAUGCUCCUGCCUUCCCAUGUGUGUUAUCAACAUGACGCCGCUGUUGAGGAAAUGCCUGCGACAUGCUGGCUCUUGACUCCCGUCCCUCGCUGUCACAUCCGCUUCUGCACAAGCACGCAAAUCGCUUCUGCUUUCAGGUGUUGCAAAGGGAUAUACAGUGCAUUUUACAGCAUAUAUGCUGUAUUGAAAUGCCAAAUGCUGCCUUAUUUUUGUUCUGUUUUGAAAAUCUAGCACUUCAUUUGAGGCAGGUUUUGAAGAAGAUAAGCCAUCUGUUCACUGACUGUUCGCUUUUCUUGUUUUACUUCUGUUAAUGCUUUGUUACAAUAUUCUUUAGAUCACUGCACAAUAUUAAAUUGUAUGCAUACGAAUAGAGCAGAUUUUCUGUGUAAUACCAAAAAAAAGCCUUGAAACAAAAUCUAUAGAGCAGAUUGAGACACCAUGAAGUAUUCUGAUGCCACGUUUAACUGCGUUUAUGGAUGUUCUUGCACUACUUAAUCGUCAGAACAUCACUGUACCUGUCUGUUAUCGGUAUAGUUAGAUCUACUUUACACCGUACUGCACUUUCUAAUCGCUCUGUGAUUUAAGCACUAGGCCAAUUUGACACCACAUCCUUGAUUUUUGCCACUGAGCUUGAAGCAUACAAAAAAACAUCCAAAAACCGUCUGGUCAUCUCAGUUCUGCUGUGUGAUCGCAAUAUGAAGUGCGCAGAUGACUGUAGAGACAUAUUAAAAAUGUGACUCGGCACUUAUGAAGCGCAAGAAUAAACGUCCUCUUCCCAUGUCUUCCAUUUUAAUUUAAGUUUAAACUGAUUGUAUUUUUGUCCUUUGAGUGUGUAGCCGGUGGAAUGUUCUUAAGGUAGUAUUUGAGAUUGGAAAGUUUACAAUUCGUGAUGCAAUUCUGUUUCACAAAUUUUGUAUAUUUAAUAAAGAAUAUUUUGUGUUUCUUGCUCACCGUA